AUAUCGGUUUAUUUCAAUUGUGACGAAGCACUGGAAGCAGAGAUACAUGCCAUUAUGCAACGAAUGUUGCUUGCUAUACAACAUUUCAGUCUUCCAGUCAUUGUCCAAUCUGACUCAAGUGAGGCUUUAUCCUGUCUAUCAGGGGAUGGACUAGUUCAUUCGACAUAUGGUCAUCUCGUGGCUGAAAUUAAGGAGUUGAUGUGUGACAUGGAGUUUAUUCCCCAGAAAUUGACUAGGGAUCAGAAUAGAGUUGCCGAUCGUCUGGCAAGUUAUAGUCGUAUCGAGUGUACCCUGACUGUGUGGAAGCACUUGGGACCGCCAUGUAUCAAGGAUCUUCUGACGCUGUAACUCUCUCAAUUUGGAAUAAAACUUCUUUCCCCGCUCAAAAAUAUAUAUGCUUGGGGGGGAGGUGCCAUAUAUCGCUUCUAGCGAGAGCAGUACGCUCGCAUCGCUCACGCGCCUGCUGUUCGUGGGCUUGGCCAACGAGCGUGGAAGAGCUAGCGCAUGUUCAUUUUUUCUCUUUAUUAUUUCGGUCGGUUUAAUUUUAAUUACAAUCAUGAAUAAGAAAAAGUUCAUGAAUUUUAAAAGAGUUCACAUUUGAAGAAUGUUGCAUAUUUUAAAAAAUGUUAACGGAUUUGUCAAAGUUCAUAAAAUUGGAAAAGUGAAUAAUUUGAAAAACAAAUCAGUGAAAAAUGUCCACAAAUUUGGAAAAGGCUUGAUAAUUUAAAGAAAGCUCACAUAUUUUAGAAAAUUGUUCAGUGAACGACAUUUGAAAAAGGUUCAAUGAAAAAUGUUCAGAAGUUCGUUUUUUUUCAUGAAUUAAAAAAAUGUUCUUGAAUUUGAAAAAUGUUCGUGCAUUUGAAAAAUCUUUGCGAUUUGUAAAAUGUUCUUGUAUUUGAGAAACGGGAAAAAAGGAAAAGGAAAGACAAAAAAAAAGCAGUAAAACCGGUGCAUAUAUACAUCGGACGUUGGGUAAUCAUAUGAUAAAGAUCAUCGGACACAUCGAAUGCAGAAUGACGCGUAUGUGGCCGUCGUCUAAGACGUUGAAGCGACGUUGGAUACAGCCUGUGUGCAUGAUAUACACGCCCGUGCACGCACGACGCAUAGUACAUUAUGGAACACUUGGUCAAAAAAUAAUAUAGGGAAGUUUUGUUUUUUCGAAAAAAUAAUAUAGAGAAGUUGACUUGGGACAAAGCUGUACCUUAGAAAAAUGUGGAAUAAUUUUCCCCUCACGAACAAAGAAAAAAAAAGUGAGUAUGCAGUUUCUGAAUUUCGUUGACUUGAGUGCCAUGAUACAUCGAUCCGUGCACGUACUUAGCAAAACAUGUCUACUUUGCUGGUAAUAUCCAAGUUAAUUAACUCCCUGCAAGACAAGUCUACUCUAAUUAAUUUGACUAAAUGCAAAAUACAUCCGUGCACGAUGUAGAUCAAACAGCUAGCGCCUAGCAGUAGACGGAACGCCACAAAAAUCCUAGGAAUGUGGCUAUAUAUAUCUUCAUGGAAUGCAGGCCAUUACAUCCGCAUCCACCACAAAAUCAAGUACUAGUGCUUCUCCUACAGCGACCAGCAGGCAGUUCGUUGGCAUGGCGUCUUCAUCUCUAUCAGUGGUGCUGCUCCUUGUGUGCCUGGCCGCGGCAGCGUCGGCGCAGCUGUCCCCGACGUUCUACGACGCGUCGUGCCCCGGGGCGCUGGCCACCAUCAAGAGCGGCGUGGCGGCCGCCGUGAGCAGCGACCCCCGCAUGGCCGCGUCGCUGCUCCGUCUGCACUUCCACGACUGCUUCGUCCAAGGCUGCGACGCGUCCGUUCUGCUGGCUGGCAACGAGCGGAACGCGUUCGGGAACGCGGGAUCGCUGCGAGGCUUCGACGUCAUCGACAAAAUCAAGGCGACUGUGGAGCAGGCGUGCAAGCGCACCGUCUCCUGCGCCGACAUCCUCGCCGUCGCCGCUCGCGAUUCCGUCGUCGCGGUAGGAGGCCCGUCAUGGACGGUCUCUCUGGGGAGGAGAGACUCCGACACGGCUAGCGAGGCACUGGCCAACCGUGACCUGCCUGCCCCAUCACUUGGCGUCACCGACCUCAUCACCCGCUUCGCCGCCAAGGGGCUCAACCACACCGAUAUGGUCGCCCUCUCCGGUGCGCACACCAUCGGGCGGGCGCAGUGCAAGAACUUCAGGACCAGGCUCUACAGCGAGGACAACAUUGACCCGGCCUUCGCGACGUCGCGCAUGGCCACCUGCCCUCAGCUAACCGGCUCCGGCGACAGCAACUUGGCCCCAUUGGACGAUACGACCCCGGACAUGUUCGACAACGCCUACUUCGGCAACCUCAAGCUCAAUAAGGGGCUCUUACACUCCGACCAGGUGCUCUACACCCUUGCCGGUGGUGCCACCGAAGACAUCAUUGACGGCUUCGCGUCUAACCAGGAUGCGUUCAACAACGCCUUUGCCGCAGCCAUGGUGAAGAUGGGGAACAUCAGCCCCUUGAUUUUCCCACAGGGUCUGGUCAGGCGCACAUGCUCUAGGGCGAACUAAGAAUUGCCGGCCGGCCAUUUGCACUGAAAUGAUAGCGUCGACCAUGCAUCAACCUGCUGCUUUGAGAUCCCAAUUAGCCACAUAUUUUCUCCACAAAAUGAGCCAUCCAUGUCCUUGCAGCACCUUGUGGUGCCAGCCACAUACUCCAUUAUCUCUUGCCUUUUUUGUACCUAUUGUAAUUUUUUAGAGCCCAUUAUUCUUCAAUUUGUUUCUCUUCUAUACUUUGCAAAUUAUUCAUAACCUGUUCACAUUUGUUUUUGUGUAAAACGUUAUGUCAAUUUUUUUAUGAUCUCAUAAUUUUCUAGAGACAAUAAUCAUGUCAAGUU